ACGUGACUUUUGGUUGUCGGACGCCAUAUUGGCAGUAAACAUGACGACCAGCGCCAGCAGCCUUCAAGAGUUCCUACCGAGCGAGUAUACGUGCCAUUUUAGUUUAGAUGAAAUUCGUUUUUAUACUGGAAAAUUACAUAGAUUAAAUAUAAGUGACCCAUAUAACGCUCCUGGGGUGCUUUUCAAGAGCAUAACAUCCAACGAAGAUUAUUUACCUGACUUGCGCUACGCUGACAUCCACAGCUAUCUGGUAAAUUUCCCCUCAGUCUACACUGGGGACUCCCUCAGAGCUUACAAAGGCUUGGAUGCUUAUAAAUGGUGUCAGUCCGGCUUUGUAACUCAACUUCGACUGUGGAGUCUUGCAUCCAAAGACUUCGGUAUCAUCACUGCAAGGGUUAAUCACUCCCAACGGCUGAAUGACAGUCAACUGAAGCCAUGGGUGGUGGUGAGGAACGACGGUGUAGUGAUGGGAGCCCACUGUAACUGCACAGCAGGACUUGGGGAGAGUUGUUCUCAUGUGUCAGCUGUGCUCUUCAGACUGUGGGAAAAAAACAAUGCAAGGCAUGAGGAGAUCAGCUGCACGUCCAAAAAAUGCAAGUGGACCUCUCCCAGUGAGGAUGCUGGGAAGAAUGUGGAGUACCAACAGGGAAAGGACAUCAUAUUCAACAGUAGUCAACAAAAUAAAAAGGGGAAUUCCACCAAGGGUACAUCUGCGCCCCCAUCUUUCCCACCCCUGACUGCUGCUGAGCAAGCGCAGUUCUACCAAAACCUCUCUCAGUGCCGGACUCAAAAUGGGAAGUCCUGCAGACCUGCUGUUCUGUCAGUUGUUCCCGGGUAUGCCACAACCUAUGUACCAAAGGCUGUCAAGCUUGAUUUACCUGAACCCCUUACCAGUUUGUACGACAAGAAGGCAAGAGACCUGAGCCUGGCUGAAUUACAAGAGCGUGCAGAAGGAAUAUUUGAUGACUUGACUGUCACUGAACAACAGUUGGGGAUGCAAGAAUGAAGAACGAGCCAGAAAAUACUACGAAAUGCAACAUCGUCUAUCACACAGAGAUGUCCUGAUUAGACCAGCCGGAUUUAAAAUAUCAACUCUCCACCCAUUUAUUGGGGCCUCACCGGAUGGGUAUGUUUCCUACAGCUGCUGUGGUACAGGGGUUAUAGAAAUUAAGUGUCCAUUUUCAGCAAAGGACCUUUCUAUCAGUGAAGCUGUACAGUCUGUUGGACACUUUUGCCUGGAACAAGAUUCCCAAGGAAAAAUUAAAGUUAAGCGAGACCAUGCAUACUUCCACCAAGUCCAGAUGCAGCUAUUUGUUACGAAAUUUGAUGAUGAUUGAUAUGAUAUGAUUUUAUUCUGUGGACGGAAAAAGAUGAUUCACUCUUUGUGGAACGCAUUACAUUCGACUCAGAAUUCUUCCAAAAAGAACUUGAACUUGCUCGUACCUUCUUUAUAAAAUGUAUAAUCCCAGAGUUGUUAGGCAAAUGGUUUUCUGCACCAAAACAAGCAACUGCAAACACCAAUCCCCAGCAACAGUGGUGCUACUGCCGCGCACCUGCGGCAGGGAACAUGCUUGUUUGUGCCUCAGGGUUCUGUGCCGUGGAGAAGUUCCACCAAACCUGCCUUCGGAUGAAAAGGGUACCGAAACAGUGGGUGUGUCCAAGCUGUAGGAAACUUAUCAAUGCCCAAAAAAAAACACCUUAAUUACUUAGUCUUACUUAAUUACACAAUGUGUGAAUAUGAACUAGCUGAUGCAAUGUAAAUAUUUAAUUGUUUAAUAAAAACUGUUAAGCCAAUGUUGUUCUCU